AUGACAUCACGCCCCGGUCAUGACCUGCCACGAGUCCUCGCCCCAUUCCCCCCCGAUAACCCCCUGAAGGCGUCCGGCCCCGUCCCACGGCGGACGAAACGGUCCAAUGCGUGUAUAGCGUGUAAGACGCGGAGAAUCAAAUGUGGUGGGACGCAUCCUUGUGAUAAAUGCACCGAAGCAGGCCGCAACUGCAUGUUUGUAGUCGAGGGCGAUCGGCGAAGGAAAUAUGCCCAGAGGCGUGCGGAGAAGGACCUUACCACGGCCAAUCAGCUGUUAGAUGGUAUUAUUAAAGCUUUCAAUGCGGAUGAUAAUGCACAGCUCCAUCGUCUGCUGUUUGCUGCGCAGGAAUACCGAGCAGGACGGUCUGUUCAUGAUGCCGUGGAUGAGCAGGUCCCAGAAACUCUAAGUGAUGGAUGCCAGCCGAAGAUCGAGGAGGAUCGAGCUCUGGACGGGGUUUUCCCGCCUGUGCGUUGUGUUUCAUCACCUGUUGGGUUUGAGGUGGGCAAAGAUCCUAAUCGCGACGAGGCCAGCAGGGCAACUGGGUAUAUUGGCAAAGCAUCUGAAAUCUCGUGGCUGCAGGAUCUAGGUGCCAUGCUAAAUAAAAAUACCCAGUCACAGAUUGACGAUUCCGCCACGUCAAUGAACUAUCACCUUGAUCACGUCCAGAUACCCGAACUUGUUCCCACUGAACCAAGAUGGCUACCCCCUAAGCCGUGGGCGGCCCACUUGGUGAAGAUCUUCUUUGAAUUGGUGGACCCUUCGUUUCCACUGAUCGAUAAAACACUAUUCACGGCCCAGUUCGAUCAGGCGUACACUUGUUCGGGACCGGAGCCGUCGCGCAAAUGGCUUGCCGUGCUCAACAUGGUGCUCGCUGUGGGCUCUAGAUACCAUCAGCUAUAUGAGCCGGAUUCCAGGAGAGACAUCAACGAUCGUGUCUUUCUUUCCCGAGCAAUAACCCUAAGUGCUCCCUCCGGUAUAGCCACCAGGAUUUCGGGACUGCAACAAGUCCAAAUUCACCUGCUGCUGGCCAUUUAUUACCUGGCCUCGGGUCAAGUAAACCAAUCAUGGCAGAUAAAUGGUCACGCUGCACGCUUGGCAAUCUCGAUGGGUCUCAAUCUGCGUGCAGACAAGGAGCACAUAGACCCUUCGUCUCAAGAGACCCGUGCUCGUAUCUGGUGGUCCGUUAUCGUCUUAGAGAAUAUACUCUCCGGCAUGACUGGUCGGAUAUCACAUGUUGACUAUCAAUCCAUGCCUCCGCAUCUACCCCCGCCAUAUGAUGAAAUCCGAUUCCGGCAGCCAGCAGCCAGAGAAUUCCCGGGCAGUCCAUCCUCACGUCGAAGACAACUGCAGUGGACUAUAGAUUCGACUACCUCGGAGCUAUAUAUACGAGAUCCAUGGCUUGAAACUAUUAUACCCAGCCAGUCCCUGUAUUUCUUCUACCUCACCGACCUGGCAGUUACCAUGAACGCCGCCAGUAAUGCCGUCUACAGUCUAACCGCCACCACCAACAGUCCCGUAUUCGAAUUCACUGUGUUCAACGCGACACACGCGGAGCAAACCCAAAAAUCCCCAUCAACCGACUCGAGAGAACAAAUCGGUCUUGCCUUGGCUUACUACGGGUCACAGGUUAUACUAAACCGACCCUGCCUAACACACCCGGACAUCAAAGCCGGCACUAAUAUAAUAAUCCCGCGCUCGUGCUUCGGCGACGCCAGCGCAAAAGCCUGCGUCCACUUCGCUCUGGCGAUUAUAUCCGUCCUCCCCGACGAGCCGGACAUGAAGUGGAUUCUGGAGAUGGCUUCGUGGUGGUACCUGUUGCAUACUAUAAUGCGCGCGCUGACGAUCCUGCUGAUCCAGCUUUCAAUCGGCCAGGUGCCCAUCCUCACCACGGACGGGAACAGACUGGGCAAAGAGCGAGACGGGGAAGGUGUUAAGGCUGUGCGCGAUGCGUCGAAGAAGGCCCUCUUCUGGCUGCAUAGUAUGGCGAAGCAGGAUCCCAGCUCGCGGCGCGCGUUCCUUAUUAGCCAGAAGCUGUUUGACCACAUCACGAUGCAAGCAGAGGGCCGAGAGAGUACUGGUGUUGUCUCGGCGGGGAGAGAGGCAAUGGCCGCCGGACGGCAGGCGUCUGAUGAUUCCGGCUUUGCCUCUAUGAAGAUUCUGGGGGAUGCGUUUAAUUGGGGGCCGGAUAAUACGGCAUCGGAGUGUAGGGAUGAGCAGCAGCAGGCGCCGCUUUCGUUGGAUCCGGCUUUGCUCUCGUUUGAUAAAUAUGAUUAUUAG